AUGGCCGCCCGCCGGUCUCUGGCUCGCUCCAUCCCCGCCCUUCGGUCAGUUCCCCGCACGCCCGCGGUUGCCCGCGCUGCUUCCAGCACCCGGGCUCUGGCCACUGCUACACCCGCCGCCAGACUUGCCUCUCGGGGUGCUUCAUACCCUUCAAGCAUUUCUACCGUGCGCAGGCUGCACGUUACUGCCCAGCAGCUCGCCCCUUCCACUAGCUCGGCUGCUUCAACCGCUACUUCGUACCCGACCGACCACAACCCCAUUGCCACCCCCAUUGAUACCACGAACUUCCUCGAUAACGAGUUCACCACUUCCAAGGCUACCACAUGGAUUGAUCUCCAUGAUCCUGCCACCAACAACCUCAUCACGCGUGUACCGCAGAGCACCAAUGAGGAGCUGAAGGCUGCUGUCGCGUCGGCCGAGAAGGCCUUCCCCGCUUGGCGGGCGACCAGCAUCAUGGCAAGACAGCAAAUUAUGUUCAAGUUCACUAGUUUGAUCCGUGAGCACUGGGACCGCUUGGCCGCUUCGAUCACCCUUGAGCAGGGUAAGACGUUCGCUGAUGCCAAGGGUGAUGUUCUUCGAGGUUUGCAGGUUGCCGAGACUGCCUGCGGUAUCACUACCCAGAUGACCGGUGAGGUGCUGGAGGUCGCGAAGGAUAUGGAGACCCGCAGCUACCGUGAGCCUCUGGGUGUUGUCGCUGCUAUCUGCCCUUUCAACUUCCCUGCUAUGAUUCCCUUGUGGUGUAUUCCCGUCGCCACCGUUACUGGUAACUGCUUGGUUAUGAAGCCCUCGGAGCGUGACCCUGGUGCUGCGAUGAUCCUUGCUGAGCUGGCUAAGGAGGCUGGCUUCCCUCCCGGUGUUAUCAACAUUGUGCACGGAACCGCUCCCACUGUGGACUUCAUCCUUGAUGAGCCUGCUAUCAAGGCUAUCAGCUUUGUCGGUAGCAACCGUGCUGGCGAGUACAUCUACACUCGUGGCUCUGCCAAUGGCAAGCGUGUCCAAGCCAACCUUGGCGCGAAGAACCACGCUGCCGUCCUUCCCGACUGCAACAAGAACCAGGCUCUAAAUGCUAUCACCGGUGCUGCCUUCGGUGCUGCUGGUCAGCGCUGCAUGGCUCUGAGCACCGUCGUCAUGGUUGGCGAGACUAAGGAGUGGUUGCCCGAGAUUGCCGAACGCGCUAAGUCUCUUAACGUGAACGGUGGCUUCGAGGAGGGUGCCGAUCUUGGUCCUGUUAUCAGCCCCGAGAGCAAGAAGCGCAUCGAGGAUCUCAUUGCCAGCGCUGAGGCAGAGGGUGCCACCAUUCUAUUGGACGGCCGAGGCUACAAACCUGAGAAGUACCCCAACGGUAACUUCAUUGGCCCCACUAUCAUCACCAACGUCACUACCGACAUGAAGUGUUACAAGGAGGAGAUCUUCGGCCCUGUCCUUGUCUGCGUAAACGUCGACACCCUUGAUGACGCUAUCAACACCAUCAACGCCAAUGAGUACGGUAACGGUGCCGCCAUCUUCACCAAGUCUGGUUCUACCGCCUCUCGUUUCCAAAAGGACAUCGAAGCUGGCCAGCUGGGUAUCAACGUCCCCAUCCCCGUCCCACUGCCGAUGUUCUCUUUCACCGGUAACAAGAAGAGUAUUGCUGGUGGCGGUGCUAACACCUUCUACGGCAAGCCGGGAUUGCACUUCUACACCCAGCAGAAGACCGUUACCAGCUUGUGGAAGAGUGAGGAUGCCAUUAGCACUAAGGCUUCUGUUGUCAUGCCCACCCACUCUUAA